AGGCGAGAGAGGGAGAGAGAGAGGCAGACUGAAGGAGAAGACGAGAGAGAGAGCAAGGAAUGGAGUGGUGGGAGAGAGAAAGGAGGCGAGAAACGGAGUGAAAGGCUCCACACAGCAGAUUAUAAAUCUGUAUAUUAACAGGACUAAAGCUCGGGGGUCUUGAGGUGGCUUUAUUGCAGAUGCUGCGUGUGGGGGGUGCUCACAAAGCCUCAAGAGGUGGUCUUUUCUCUUAACUGUGGAUCUUUGCAAAUAAGGAAGUGGAACUCGCGGAAUCGGUGAACGCCGGUGUGUCAGGCACGGUGGUGGGCUGGUCGGAGGUCUCUGACCCCCUCAUUUUCAUUUCUUGGAAGAAAAGAGAAGCACUAAAGAGACACCAGAGAAAAGGGAUGGUGGCAGCGAGGGACCAGUGAGCCAUUUCUCUUUUUAUUAUCUUCAUUCAGAAAACCAUUGCAUCCUAUUAUCGAAGCGAUGUAGAGGCAUUCUCUCCGAUUGGUGGAGGAAGGGUCCCAUUGACUGCUGAGGCUUAGCGCCCCUCUUCAAACGCUAGUCCUUUUCAUCCCAUUCCCCCCUCUCAUUGCCUAUAUCCUUAUGUGCGCUGUUUUUUCUGUUCUCUCUUUUUUUGUCCCUUCUUUUCGACUCGACUCAGGAAUCAGGAGGAAUUGCAUUUGUUAGUAGAAGUGGGUGUUUCUGUCAUUGUUGUUGGUGCCUCUGCAAAGGACAGCUGAGCAGAGAGAGUGAGAGACAGCUUUGGAGAUAAUAUAACGGCAGACUGAUGAAAAGGGGGAACCUGGCACUUCAGGAACAGCUGACAAACCAAUGGUAUGCGAGACACGAUGAAAAGAAAACUGUUACGGAGUCUGACAACCAUUUUAGGGUAGCUAUUUACUGAGAAUAUUGCCACUUCUUGGAGGAAAAAAGAGACAGUGAGCCAAACAUCACGGCUGCUUCCCUUCUGCUUUUCCUGUUGCUAAGCAAAGUCUCUAACCCGAAGUUCGUUGAUAGUACUGAGCAUCACUUUACAGCCAUGAAAGGAAGCUCAGAGGAAAGCAUUGAAAGUGUCAGGCCCUCCAACCUGCAAGCAUUUGCCAACAUAUCCACCCUACAUGGCAUGAGUCACAUAUUUGCCUAUGGACAUAUGACAUUUCGUCGAUUUCUUUGGACUAUUUCUUUCUUGGGCUCACUAAGCUUACUGAUGCUGGUCUGCAUGGAUCGGGUAUCGUAUUAUCUAGAGUAUCCUCAUGUCACCAAGUUAGAUGAAGUGGCGGCAACAAACCUCACUUUUCCUGCAAUUACCUUCUGCAACCUUAAUGAGUUCCGCUUCUCCAAAAUCACUAAAAAUGACCUUUAUCACGUUGGAGAGCUCCUGGCCCUCCUUAACAAUAACCACCAGAUAGCCAACCCGCACUUGGCUGAGGCUGAGGUUCUGACUGUCCUAAAGGAAAAGGCGAACUUCCAGAACUUCAAGCCCAAACUCUUCAACAUGACUGAUUUCUAUAACCGAACAGGGCAUGACAUCAGUGAGAUGCUUCUGCAGUGCACCUUUCGAGGAGAGGAUUGCUUCGCUGUAAAUUUCACCACAAUUUACACACGCUACGGGAAAUGCUACACCUUCAAUUCCGGGUUAGAUGGCAACCCUUUGCUGACCACCUUGAAAGGAGGAACGGGGAAUGGUUUGGAAAUCAUGUUGGAUAUCCAGCAGGAUGAAUACCUGCCGGUUUGGGGAGAGACAGAUGAGACAUCGUACGAAGCGGGCAUCAAGGUUCAGAUCCACAGCCAGGACGAGCCGCCCUUCAUUGACCAGCUGGGAUUUGGUGUAGCACCCGGUUUUCAAACUUUUGUGUCAUGUCAGCAGCAACUGCUUCAGUACCUCCCACAACCUUGGGGAGAUUGCAAGUCCACACCAAUAGACUCCGAAUUCUUCUCCACGUACAGCAUCACUGCAUGCCGCAUCGACUGUGAAACACGGUACCUGCUGGAGAACUGCAACUGCAGAAUGGUUCACAUGCCCGGUACUUCAACAGUUUGCACGCCUGAGCAGUAUAAAGACUGUGCAGACCCAGCUUUAGACUUUUUGGUAGAGAAAGACAACGAUUACUGUGUCUGUCAGACCCCCUGCAACAUGACUCGCUAUGGCAAGGAGCUGUCCAUGGUAAAGAUCCCCAGUAAGGCAUCUGCUAAAUAUCUGGCUAAGAAAUUCAACAAAACUGAGCAAUAUAUUGGAGAAAAUAUAUUGGUGCUGGACAUCUUCUUUGAAGCUCUAAACUAUGAGAAAAUUGAGCAGAAGAAGGCCUAUGAAAUUGCAGGGCUUCUCGGUGACAUUGGAGGUCAGAUGGGGCUGUUUAUUGGAGCCAGUGUUCUAACAAUACUGGAGAUAUUUGACUACCUAUAUGAGGUGUUUAAGGAUAAGGUUCUGGGAUACUUCAUGCGUAAGAAACGACCGCAGCGUUGUCAGAGCGACAAUCUGGAGUUUCCAGAGAACCCAACCAGCCCUGGUGUCACGCCUAAUCAUGCCCCCAGAGCACAUGUGACACCCUCCGGAGUCACUCGGACAGCCUCGGAUUCACGCCGAACAUGUUACCUCGUCACCCGACUUUAGGCAACUUUGAGGAAUUUGCUUGCUGAUGACACAACGCAGGGGCUGGGGCACAUCGAGACUUGACGGCAAACUGUGAAAUAAUUUGUGUAUUUAACAGAGAAGCAUUACGUGUAUACUCAAAAGCAGUACGAUAGAAAUAGAAGAUCAUUGUCUCUCUCUCUUUCUCACGCACACACACACACACACACACACACACACACACACACGCGCAGACACACACAAAAGACACCACUUCCAAAACAGAACUCAGGUUUAACAUCCAUGUGAAGGGCAUCAAUGUUCAUUUUAUCCACGUUUCAUUUUGUUACUUUGGUUUUGUUAACCUGUCACUUUAGAUCGAACAAUCCGCACAAACAAAUCUGUCCAGAAACGGGUCUCCAACCUGUGUUGAGUGUCGCGAUAGCACUAUGUAAGCUUUGCUGUGUACUAAUGAAGCCAGAAAACAAGGGAAAAAAUGGACUGGUAUGUUGCAGCAUUGUUAAUCUUUACAGUACUAUAUCUCCCAGCAUUCAACGAAUGCUGUAUAGAGUAACCAUGUUCUUUUAAGAGUAUGGUUGAAAGAGUAUGAUUGUUGGUUGAAAGAGCUUCUGAGACCCGAAUGAAAACAAUUGAGUCUAAUGUUGCCUUUUGCUACAGUGAGACUGUGGCAUGUCUCAUUAGACAAAUGUGCUUACUUGAUUUUAAGACCGAGCAAGAACUUCAUUGUUUGUAUAUAUGCAAAAGCAUUAUGUAUUAUUCAGCAGUUGCCAUCCUAUGGGCUGAAAUAGGAUUGCUUUAUCGACUUUAGUCAAUCUUUUACAGUAUAGUCACGAAAAAGGCAGUUGAUUGUAUCUUUAAACGAUUUUACACUUGUUUGUUUGGUUGUUGUUUUUUUAUUUUUAUUUAUUUUUUCAUUAUUGGAAAAAAUUCCUCGUAUGUUUCCUACCAUUAUAAUGGAUGCUAAAAAUUCAUCAGUUCAAAUAAAACCACUGUGGCAAGCUGUUUUAUAAUUUAAUAUACAAAAAAAAAAUCCUGAAAGCACAUAUCUGUAAUUUAAUCCUUCGUACUCAACAAGAACAUUUCGACAAUGCAAAAUGCAGUUUGUUCUUUCCACAGUCAACUUGUCAGAUACCUAAAGUGUCAUUGUUUGUCUGACGCCCCUUUUCCAAUUUCACAAAUGAAUUCAUCCUUUGCAGAUCUUCCUUCUGAAACAGAAGUCGCACUACAACAAUUAUGUUGCUUGUCUUUAUAUAACUUAUGUUUCAAAAACCUAAACCCUUAUUUGAGAAUUGUUAAACUAUUCUUACACUGAUUCUUGUCUAAAAAUCGUAGUCACAUGUUUCUUAUGUCACAGCCAUAAAGUGUGUGUCACAUAUUUUCUUUAUAGUGGUGUGUAUUUGGAUCAAGGCUUUAAAAUGUGAGUUGGUUUAUCCUAUGACUGUCACUGUCUCUUUUUGUUGUUUUUCCCCCCAUUUUUCAUAUUUAAAGAUUGCAUUACCAUCUUGGACUGAAUUUCACAGUUUUUGAAUGCCCCCAAAUAUAAAUUAGCUGAAGGUCAGACUUUCCAGCCUCAGUACUGUCUAAAAGCAUUCAGUUUGCAGAUGUGAACAAAUAUCCAUCAGUGCAGACGGAGCAUUUGGAAAGACUAGCAGGAGCGUAAAUAAUGUUAAUAUUGUAUCAUUGCUGCGACGUUUGUGUAGCAUAUACCGGUACAUAGAUUUUGUAGCAGUACUGAGUAUGUGCUGUAUAGAUUGCUUCUCUAAAUCGAGGCGGUCAUGCCUCUGAAAUGUACCACCAAAAGGUCUGUGGCUGCCUGGCUUGACUAGAGAGGAAAUUACAAUUGCUAAACUACCAGACCGGUAAAAAGGUGAAUCUGGAGCAUAACCUACUAAACUCCACAUAUCUUCAUGCACCACUGAAACGUAAUGCUGAUAUGCAAUAAUGUGACAAAGGGUAAAGCCCUGUAUAUCUGAAAUGUUCUUUUUGACUGGGAAGAAUUGGACUAUGGACAUCUGCAGUAGAUAUCCAGUCUAACCAUUGAAUGUAAAAAUAUGCAGAAAUGCUAAAAGGACAUUAAAAUAUGUUAAACUUUUGUUUGGUGAACUCAUAGUUGUGAAGGCCUUAAAAUAAGUUACUAGUUAGAUUCUUCCGUUAAAGGUAUUUUGUAAAAGUUCUGACAAUUAAGAAUGUCUCUUUGAACUGGAGAAAUACUGUUUGAUCGCCUAAGAGCUAUUUAAAGAAUAGGAGCGGCCUGAUUAUAUGUUGCAAUGGCAUUCCAUCACUUCUAGGGUGGGGUUCCUUUCUCUACCUUCAAGGAGACAUCUGUUCUGAUCACAGAUAAACACAAAUCAGUUCAACAAAUACAAAGAUCUGCUGUUAUUGCAGAGGUCAAUAUUUACUGUUUGUAUAGAAGUGCCGAACAAAGGUAAGAUGUAAGUAGGAGUUGAAUGAAAGAUGCUUAGAAAAGGGGUUACACAAUUGUGAAUUUUUUCUUUCAAGUUUACCACAAAUCAAUGCCUUGCAAUAGCUGUUGCAUCCCUUUGAACUUUGACAUUUUAACAUGUUAAUACCACAGACUUCAGUGUAUUUCUUUUGGAUUUUAUGUAAUAAACCAGCACAGUGUUGUGCAUAUUUUGGAUGAAAGAAACAACAAAAUAGUUUUCAAAUUUUGGGCUAGAAGAGCCUCAAAGAGGAAGAGAGGGACUUAAGAGGAGACGCUCAUGUGGGAGAAUUUGUUGCAAUGCAAACUAUUUGCCAUACACUUCUAUCAAAAAAUGGCAAGAAGAAAGCCAUUUUGGAGUGAGCUGUAAGGAGCCUUGUUUGUGACAAGACAUAUGGGGGACAGAAUAAACAUUUGGAAGGAGGUUCUCUAGUCGGAUAAAAGCAACUUUUUGGCCUUACAUGCAAACGCAUGAUGGGUGGAGGAAAGCUAAAACUGUGGAUAGCUCUAAACUCACUAUCCCCACGGUGAAACGUGGAGGUGGUAGCAUCAUUUUGUGCAAAUAAAUAUUCGCAGCUGUUCAAAGCUGAUGAGAAUGUUGAAAGAGCUAAAUACAGGACAAUCCCAAAGAUGACUUAGAAAAUCUACUCAUACUCUGCUUGAGCUUUUCUACAUAGAAUAGGUGGAAAUAUUUAGUAUGUAAAUGGACAUAGUUUGUAGAGAGAUGCCCUUAAAGACGGCUCUAAAAGUCAUUAAUUAGGAGUUGCUAAAUACAAAUGCAAGCCACAGUCUUCAGAUUUUUAGAUGUAAAAAUGUCUGACAACAAUGCAUCUUCUACUUCCACCUCACAAUCAUGCACUAGUUUCGUAUGCUAUAUAAAAUCCCAAUGAAACACACUGAAGUUUCAGAUUGUAGUGUGACAACUUGUGAAAAAGUUCAAUGGGUAAGGCAUUGCAUAUAGUUUGGCCUACCUACCGUAAUGGAAAAAAAAAACUGUUAAAAAUGGCAACAGGAACAAGAAAAGAGAUCUUUCCAUGUAAAUAAACAACAGUAAUGCCUGAGGAUACCCCGACCACGUGCAACAGAAGAGAAAGGAAAGUGCACCACAACCGUGUAUCUCAAACUUGAAAACAAAGGUUUUACAGUUAUUUUCCAGUGUGGAGAAAAUUGUAAAGAACCUAUUAGGUUCUGGGAGGCAGAGCUGAGUGAAUCCAAGCCAUAUGAACUAAAGUUAUCGCAUUAAAUUGGUGAAGGGAAACAACUUACAUAGAUCUCUUUCAUGUCUUAGGGAGGAGGGGGAGGAAUACAUCGACCUGCACAGAAACUGUCUGACUUGCUGCUGCCCUUCUUAUUUUAACCUGUUCUUCCAUCACAGUGUCUUAAAGCUAUUCAGCAGCACAAUCGCCCGCGAUAGUAAUCUAAUCAGCAAGAAGAGUUUAAAAAGACUGGUGACAUUCCGAAACCUGAUAGAAACUUGUAAAUACCUGCAAUCAAAUACCACAAAAAAACAAACAAAAAAACAACAAAAAAUCAGAUACUUGUGUAAAGCGUUGCAUAAGAAUAUUUAUAUACUGACACAGAUAUAUAUAUAGAGAGAACAUAUUUCUUCAUUUUCUCAUUAACAGGAGGAAAAUGGAUUUCAAAGUCUCGUUUUGGGAAUCACACCCUGACUUACUGAAAGAAUGCCUCAAACAUCAGAACCAUGCAUCGCAGCAUUAUUCAGUUUGUUCGACUUCCAAGAGCUGCAUUGUACAAUUUGACCACUGUAUACAAACAUUACUAUCCCAAAAUAUGUAAUACGCCACAAAUAACAGUUUAUGAUGUAUAAAUGAUCCAGUAUAAUAAACUAUAUUUACCCAUCAAUACUUAAGUACAUAACUUUCCUUCUUACCUUGGUGUCAUGCUUCUUCCUCUGUUCCACUGCUGUCCUUGUCUCUAAACUAUUGGACCUAUUGGUACUAUUUACAAAAAAAAAAAUUAAAAAAAGAAGUUCAGAACAACUUUUUCCUUUCUUUUAUGUGAGAGUUUUCUGAGUGUGCCACAGUUUAAUUUCAUGGUAUUCAGACCACUGUAGCUUUGUUACUCUGUAGUUUGUGUAUUAGAUGACUGUUGAUGUGAAGCACAAACCCUUGGAAAUUAGCCAUGGCUCGAAAGCCAACGACGGGGUGUCUAUGACUCUGACAGCCUUCUGUGGCUCUAAUAUAAAAUGACACAAACUGUUAAAUGUGAUGUACUCUUGGCUCUGACAACAGGAGCGAGAACGGAGCCACCUUUAAGACAAACUUUGAAGAGAUUUUACAUUUUCAGGACAAAAAAAAAA